AUGCCCAACAGUUGGGGUGAGUUUGCUCCUGCAACUGGUGUAUUUUACAGUGUUUUCCACCCAACAGAGGGCACCAAGGUCAAGUACGAGUUUCCUCCCGGCUGCCUGGCGGACAGCGAUAUAAAUUUCAGCACGAUCAAAAACUAUGUGAUUCCCAAACCACAACUUUGCAACAAAUUGCUGACGUUCAAAUGUGGUACGUCGAGACUGGUGUGCUAUCCAGUGAACGUUGCAGCGCCUUACUACGCUAGAAAUUCGUUCAGCUUUGAUUUUGUUUUUAUCUUUCCAUAUGACUGCGUCACAUCGCCUUAUGAGCCUUCGAUCGAAAGACUAGGUAAGAUGUUCACCGUGCUGGAAGAACAGUCACAAAUCCUGUCGAAAGCUGAAAAUAGUAGCGUUUUUUUCCAGUUGAAAGCCGGCGAAGCACUUCAGCGAUCAAAACAGGAACCUGCGACUGGAACAACAGAAAAGUCUAGCGUAUUGGGAAUGGGGGUUGAUGGAAAUGAGCCGCGCGAUCAAGAUUACGCGUUCGAAAAGUAUCAAGAAAUCUUGAAAGAUUUGGAUGGACCCGGCAAACGCCUUGCAGUCGACGAUUUGAUAACGAAAAUAUUUCAAGAUUUAAACAAUUAUUCAGAAUGCUUGAUACCAAUUGAUUCUGGGAACGCCGUUGACAUAAAGCUGUUUCCACUACUGGCUCCGCCUACGUCUAACUUGUCGUUUGAAGACGUACCAAUUUCGACUGUUAACUUGGCGAGACUAAUCGAUGCCAGCUGGGAUCCCACUAUGCUAAGAAUCGUCCCCUACAUAAAUGGGAUCAAUAGCAUUUCCAAAAUCAGUCGAUUGAGCGAUAGUGACGUUGGCCUUGUCACGGAGUGCAUCAAACAUUUCAUUUACUAUAACUGCGUCAUUUUAGCGGAUAUUUUUCAAUUCAGCAACAUUUACGCUCCAACGAGUACCUUGGGCAGCUUUUUAACCGAUCCAUCUUUGGCAACUGCUUGUCAAUCUUAUGUCACGUUCAAAGAUAAUUCGCAUAUUCCACAUCUCCCUUUCGGUAGGAGGGCAGCACGUCUUAGCAGCAGCAAUUCGAGAAGUAACAAUGCAAGCGAAACAUUCGAAAAUCUCCGCAAAGGGCGCCUCUAUACUUCAAAAAGUGAAUCAGUCUCUUCGGCUAUCGACUUUUCUGUCAAUGCUCAUCAUAGUACGCCGCCUUCACACGACUCUUCUGUACCAUACCCAAGCGGCGAUGCACUCCAUUCGUAUCCUAUAAACAAAAGUUUGAAAGAAAAUGAUGUUCUAUUUCCGUCAAAAUCGUUUCUCUUUGACCUCUAUAGGUCAUUAAUCCAGGGUCAAAGCAUCAGUGAGUGGUACAAAAUACACUCCGAAAAGAUUCGUGCUGCUAGAAUUGACGUCAGAAGAUUUAUAACUUUUGGAACUGUUCAUGGUUUGCUAUAUCGGUGCAGUUCCUUUCCAAUCAUGAGAAAUGCCGGGUUUUUCGAUGCUCUUGGACCUCUGGACCAACGUCUGGGCACGAACCUUGCUUCCAGUGACUGGCUACCGCUAAAGGGUGGACUAAACAAUCUACUCUCUGCCGCCGAUAUAAAAGUGGGCCUAAGCAACGAUACUCCAAGGAAGACUCGCAACCGUUUCGCGAAUACCGACGCAGCUGAAGAAGCAUUGAACGAUGUCUAUCGUAAACUUGCUAUAAAGGACACUUCAGAACCUUCAGUUAAGAAUCCCAUGAGCACCUUUUGCUUCGGAGAACGCAGUAGAUCGUCUUUAGAUAAGUCAACCAAAGGAAGCUUUAGCCCAGCGGGUUCGGACACUCUAAGCAGGGAUGCAUCAGAAAUCAGAAGGCCUGCCACACCUGCUUCAUAUGACGAAAGGAAGAGAAACGACAUGUACCAGUCAAUCGUUGCCAGGAGAAAUGAAGAGUUAAUUCUACUCAAGGCGGUUCGUGACGUCGACAGUUUCGAUAAAUUAUGCUCGCGAUUGGAAAAGGGGCGUGAAGAGAUUGAGGAAAUGCUUCGAGACCUAGGGCCUUACAAUGUUGUCAAUACAUAA